CUUUCGAGAGUUCGGAGCGAGUUGUGGUGCUGCGCGAGGCGAGCUGCGAGUCGGCUGCGCUGACGCCGGGCUCGGGGUGGUGGGAGGAAGAAGUUGGCAGCUCUCCGAAAAGAAAAAUGUCCUUGGUCACUUAGAAACCUUGAAGAGAGCAGUAACUGACAGUCUGGUGAUUCCUAAAACUCAUCAGAGGCCAACUGACACAUUUUCUUCAAAGAUCAGUGCUAAUGAGCUUCAUUCUAUGCAUAUGUUCAUACAGCAAGCUCCUAUACAGGAUGACCAGGAUUGGAUGAUGCAGUCAAGAUAAAUGAGCGAAGUGAAACCGAAUGAUCUUACCAUGCACUGAACAACGUUGAACAACAGGUGCUUAGCCCUGGGAAAAUGUCUGCUUGCAAUGCCUUCACUGAACAUGUCUGGAAACCUGGUGAAUGUAAGAACUGCUUCAAGCCAAAAAGCUUGCACCAAUUGCCUCCAGCCACUGAAAAACCUCCAAUCUCAAAUGCAAAUCUGAAAGCCAGUGCAAGCCACAGCAACAGCCAGCGUGCUAGGAAUACAAGCAACUUUCGACCUCCUGUGGCAAAAAAGCCCACUAUAGCCGUGAAACCUACCAUGAUGACAGUAGACGGGCAGACUAUAUGUGGCGAGGUCAGCUCACAAGAGCUCUGUGAGAACAAGCCAGUUAUGGUAGGGUGGAACCAAAAUAGGACUGUCUUGAACAAAAAACCACUGAAUAAUAAUAAUAAUGAAGAAAUUGAAAGCUAUAGUCAGAUUCAUAGACCUUAUGCGAGCAGUGAUGGUGUAGGUAAGGUUCCAAGCAACAAUAAUGGACUGACAGAAGUUUUGAAGGAAAUUGCAGGCUUGGAUACCACAUCUUCUUUAACAGGAAACGAAAUUAAUUCAAGGGAAGCAUUCUUGGGAAGAAUAAACAGUUGCUAUAAAAAGUCAUUAGAAAGGAAGAUUCCUCCAAGCUGCAUGAUGGGUGGAAUGAAGGACUUGCAUAAUAAGCAUGUUGUUCUGAGUGGAAACACUGAUGUAAUAAGUAAUGAAGGUGGCCGUUUCUGUUAUCCAGAAUUCUCUAGUGGGGAUGAGAGCGAGGAUGAUAUGUUUUUUGGCAGCAUGCACGAAGACCAUGAGAGCUGGGACGAAAGUGAUGAAGAGCUGCUAGCAAUGGAAAUUCGCAUGAGGGGACAGCCACGCUUUGCUAACUUUAGAGCUAAUACUUUAUCGCCUGUCCGAUUUUGUGUUGACAAAAAAUGGAACACAGUGCCUUUAAGGAACAAGUCUCUCCAGCGGUUUUGUGCAGUAGACUAUGAUGAUAGCUAUGAUGAAAUUUUGAACGGUUAUGGUGAUGACCCUGUGAUCCUUUAUGGGCAAGAAAGCUUACAAAGUAUGGUGUCAUCAGAUUCCACAUCUCCUGAUUCGUCUUUGACUGAAGAAUCGCGGUCUGGGACCACUAGCAGUUCCUCUCAAAAGCUCUGCAAUGGUGGAUUGUCCCCUGGUACCCCUAAAGAUAUCAAAUUAAUGGAGGAAGGAUAUGAUCCCUUUUGCAAUGAUCAUCCGUUGAAAACAGCAACUAAAAACCCUCAAACUGCUACCAAUGCUUUGGAGACACACAAAGCUGUUCUUGCCCUUAGACUGGAAGAGAAGGAUGGCAAGAUUGCUGUCCAAAGUGAUAAACAAGAAUUCCAAAGUCAUUCAGGUGUGACAAGUCAAGCAACAAGUACAAAUUUGGUUCCUGUGGAAGAACAAGCAAAACCUUAUAGGGUAGUAAACAUGGAACAACCUGUGUGCAAACCAUAUACAAUAGUGGAUGUGUCAGCAGCCAUGACCCAUGAAUGUACAGAGAAUCAGUCAAGAAGCGUAGAUACAAAAAGUACCCAACCUAACCCAAAUUCACCCGAUACUCCAAGUUCAAAUGUUUCAUCUCAUCCUGUGCCAUCAGGGCAAGUAAGUGCCAACCUUAAAAAAUCUAGUGCAGUCAGAUACCAAGAAGUUUGGACUUCCAGUACUAGCCCACGGCAAAAGAUUCCUAAAGUGGAACUAAUUGCUAACACUCCAGGAACUUCUGUACCUUUAAGGAAGAGCAUCCACAAAUCUGCCCCUACUUCACCCACAUCAACAAAUAUUUCUACAAAAACCAUCCCUGUUAAAUCUCCUAACUUGUCUGAAAUAAAAUUCAAUAGUUACAAUAAUGCUGGCAUGCCACCCUUCCCCAUUAUUAUUCAUGAUGAGCCAACUUAUGCUAGGAGUGCCAAGAAUGCAAUCAAAGUUCCUAUUGUGAUCAACCCAAAUGCAUACGAUAAUUUGGCCAUCUAUAAAAGUUUUCUAGGGACUAGUGGGGAGCUCUCAGUUAAAGAUAAAACUACAAGUGUGAUCAGCCACACUUAUGAAGAAAUUGAGACAGAAAGCAAAGUGUCUGAAAACAUGGCCAGCGCAUCGGCUGAACUUUCCCAAGCUAAAGUAAUUGCUAAUAGCACUGAGAGAAAACUGGGUUCUGUGGCUCAGAAGGUCCAGGAGCUCAACAGCUGUCUUGGCAAAGGUCAGGUUUCUCCAAAAGGUUCUGAUCACAACUCCCCAACAAAAAUCCAAAGAACUGUUCAGGACCCUGCAGCCAAAAUAGGAGCUGCACAGGAGAUACCUAGUGGCAGUCGGGAAAAUGCUUGUACAGUGCUAUCACAGAUUGUAGCUUCUAUCCAGCCUCCACAGACUCCCCCAGAAGCACCUCAAGCAGGACCCAAGUCUUGCAGUGUGGAAGAACUGUAUUCCCUGCCACCUGACGCAGACCCAAGUAAAAGCAUGCCAGUGCGACCAAAAUCUCUUUUUACAACACAGUCCAGCCCUGAUGCUGAAGCAGUUAAAUCCACAGAAAUGUUGCCGAAGGAAAGCCUGUCAAAGUCCCCAGUCACGCAGUCUUCAAAACCAAUGGCAGUUUCGCCAAGUACUGCAAGUCCCAAAACAGAGCAGCCUCCCCCAUUCCCUCCUCCACGUUCCACAUCCUCACCUUAUCAUGCUAGUAAAGUGUUGCAAAGGCAUUUCAGCAAUUGGACCAAACCUAUGAGCCCCACGAGAUCAACAGAAGCAGAAUCAGUAUUGCAUUCAGAAAGUCGACGAGCUGUUGAUGCAAAACCCAAGCGUUGGAUAUCGUUUAAGAGCUUCUUUCGUCGCAGAAAGACCGAAGAGGAGGAAGACAGAGAGAGAGAAAAGGGGAAACUGGUGGGUCUUGAUGGAACUGUGAUUCACAUGCUCCCACCCCCUCCUGUCCAACGCCAUAAUUGGUUCAGCGAGUCAAAAACGGAUUCAAGUGAGAAACCAUCCAUCGUGUUUAUGUUUAAAUGUGAACAAGCAAAGAUGGAAGCACUAAGUGAUCAAAAGCUGACUGGGGUGGAAUUGGGAGUUAAUGAAGUUGGGCUAACACAUGGAGAAGAGAGAGCAACAUCUCCAGAGAUCUCAGAAGAAAACUUGAAGAGUCAUUCUUCUCCCCCUCAGAUUCCAACUGAAAGUCAUGUGCCUGAUAAGGCAACAGUGGAAAACAUGUCCCCUCGGAUACCAAGAUCUGUGUUUGAAAAGCAGGACAAUGGCAGCAAUGCAUCCGUUAUGCCGCUAUCCCCACCAGACAUACCACAAGGGGAAGACGAAAGGGAAGAAUUGUCUGAUUCUUCUGACAUGAGCGCCUGCAGCGCUACAUAUAGUAACUUAGGUCAAUCAAGAGCGGCUAUGAUACCUCCCAAGCAACCACGGCAGACCAAGGGGGCUUUGGAUGAUGCCAUUGCGUUUGGGGGGGCAAUGGAUCAAGAAAUGGCUUCUACCUUGCAUCCAACACCUCCUCCGCUGCCAAAGAAAACUAUUCUGAGAGCUCACACAGAACCACUUCCAAAAGAACUCCAGAAACAGGCCCUUGAGAGUAACCUGUGCAUCAUGGCUAACCCCACCUAUGACAUUGACACCAACUGGGAAGCAAGCAGUGCCUGUUCUUCAGUCAGCUCAGAACUCAAAGUAGUGGACACUGAGUCAGGAGACUCCUUGGACAGGCCUCCAGAAAAAAGGCUGGCAACGGCCUCUGCCGCAAAUAGCUUUUCCAGCCUGACUGCUAUCAGUAUUAAGGACAAAUGUUCCAACAGCAUGGAGUCUCUGCCGGGGAGCCCUGUCAUCCUCGGCAAGCAUGGCAAGGUGGUCCAGAAGCCACAGAGACAAGCACUUUACAGAGGGAUUGAGAACCGAGAGGAGGUGGUGAGCAAAAUCCGAAGCCUUCACACUGAUUCCCUGAAGAAGUUAUCUGUCAAGUGUGAAGAUCUUUUCAUGGCUGGACAAAAAGACCAGCUUCGAUUUGGAGUAGACAGCUGGUCAGACUUCAGAUUAACAAACGACAGGCCAUGUUGUGAAGCAGGGGAUGCUGUCUACUAUCCAGCUUCCUACGCAAAAGAUCCACUCAACAACUAUGCCGUGAAGAUUUGUAAGAGCAAAGCUAAGGAAUCCCAACAGUAUUACCACAGUUUGGCCAUCCGCCAAAGUUUGGCCAUUAAUUUUAACAUACAGCAAGACUGUGGCCAUUUCUUAGCCGAUGUGCCCGUUCGGCUCCUUCCGUGGGAGGAUCCCAACUCGCCUGAAGAAGAAGAGGAGGAGGAGGAGGAGCAGGAAGAAGAGGAGCAGAAGAACAAAGAGAGCCCUGCCCCUGUGGAACUUCCACGAAAAAACAGUUCGAGCCUGCAAGGAACCAUCAGCAAGCAGCGCAGCCGAGUCGUCGUCAUCACCCGAGAGGUUCCCUACCUAACAGUGGCCGAUUUUGUCAGAGACUCUGCAGACCGCCAUGCCAGCAGCCCAGACUUGUAUGAAAGGCAGGUGUGCCUCCUGCUCUUACAGCUGUGUUCUGGCCUUGAGCACCUGAAGCCCUAUCACAUUACACAUUGUGACCUGCGUUUGGAGAACCUUCUACUAGUGGACUACAGACUAGGGGGAAGCCUUCUGAACUCUGAGCCUGUGGGGCCCAACCCCAGCGUGGCUUGCCCUGCCAGGCUGAUAGUGAGCAACUUUUCUCAAGCCAAGCAAAAGAGCCACAUGGUGGAUCUGGACGUUCUAAGGGACCAAUCUCGCCUCGCCCCAGAGAUCAUCACAGCCACACAGUAUAAGAAAUGUGACGAGUUCCAGACUGGCAUCCUCAUCUAUGAAAUGCUGCACCUGCCCAACCCCUUUGAUGAAAGCCCGGAGCUGAAGGAGAGAGAGUACACCUGUGCUGAUCUUCCCAAGAUCCCUUGUCAUUCCCUUUAUUCCCUGGGGCUCCAGCAGCUUGCGAACUGCCUGCUGAACCCUAACCCAUCUGAGAGGAUCCUUAUAUCUGAGGCCAAGGGAGUCCUUCAGUGUUUGCUUUGGGGGCCCCGGGAGGAUGUGUUUCAAACUCUCAGUGCCUCUGCCAGGCCAGCACAAAGAGACACUGUACUCCAGAACUGGCUGGACAUCAAACGGACGCUGCUGAUGAUCAAGUUUGCUGAAAAGUCUUUGGACGGGGAAUGUGAAGUCAGCCUUGAAGACUGGCUUUGUUGCCAGUAUCUGGCUUUUGCCACUACAGACUCGCUCAGCCGCAUAGUGAAAAUCAUGCGGCGACACUAGCGUGUAGGAGCUGCAGCUUUCACUCGGACGCACCCGUUCAGUCUCCGGCCCGAGGCUCUUGUGGUAUUCAAGUUUUAAAAUUCUAACUUGGGCCUCGAGGUCACCAACACUGAGCAAACAGAUCUUGGUAGGAAAGUCUGUUUCUUGUCAGAGUUGUAAGGGAGAAUUGAUACUGGCCCGAGGCCCAUUGUCUGCUCUAGCUGGUGGUGUGAUUAAACAAGGAAGUGUGGAAAUGUAAUAAGGAAACCACUAGGUCUGCAGAAUGCUGUUUAGGGGGUAUGCCUGCACAUCAGUGUGGAGUAUGUCCUGCAAAUGGCAGCAGUAUCCCGUAAUGACCACGAACAAAUGAGAACAAAAUCAGUCAUUAACGAGCGACCCAAAAGUAAGCCACUUUUCACAAGACGAAGCCUCUGACCCGUUCUUCAUGAAAUACUCUCUCCGUGCCAGCCCCAGCCCCAAGAGUGGCCGCGUCCUAGUCACACGUUUCCUCCAAAGGCAGUUCGGCUCUGAUUGUCCCUUCCCAAUGAGUCGGCCUGCUUGGCUGCCAGUGAGUUAUAACCAGCUGCUUUAUGAACCAGUCGCCCUUUUUCUUUUACUGUUACUGACAGGCAAGCUACAUGCAGAGCCCCAACAUUUAUUUAUUUAUUAUUAUUAUUAUUAUUAAUGCAGGAUGGCUGCAGUUAUGACUGGGGGAAAGAGUGCUUCACCAUGUCCCAGCUGCCCAUUUUUGCUGCCUAAGUUGGUUCCCUCCACGGAGUUCCAGAUGCACAUUUGCCCUUGCAACAUAUUGUUUGUUCCUACCGUUUUCCCUUUUCUCCCAGAAUUCUGACCAUCAAAGCCAAUGGCCAUCAAAUACAACCAACAAGAACAACGAGGCUGAUAUGUAUUUCACAUGCUGAUGCAGUAGUUCUGUUAGGGGUUUUGGUUGGACUGUUGUAACGGUGUUAACUAAGAGCAGUCUAAGAGCAUUAAGCCAGGGGUUCUCAAACCAAUGUCUUUGGCCAUCGUGACAGCACAUGAUAUGGGUUGUAGUCUAACAGUAUUUGGGGACCUAAGUUUGAGAACCCCUGGCUGAAGGCAAAUGCAUAUUAAAAGCAGUAGUUGUUCUGCUCCUCUGCAGCUGCCGUAUAUCCUAACACAAGGGUGAAAAUGGCGGCCUGCUAUGCAUUUCAUGCUGGCUUGCCCAGCCAAGUAUGUCGUUGUGCAAAUCAAGAUGGAAGCUGGCACGUGAAAAAGUUGCUCAGAGCUCAUCUGUGUGUAACAAAUGAGCUCCGUGGAUAGCGAUGGUUCUGCUGCAGAUGUGGGCCUCUUGGGGGCAGGAAAGCAAGGGAGCGGAAUAUGCUGUGCAAUUACUGCAAGAGCCGUUGGGUCUGGCAGCCACAGCUCAUCCGGUCCUGUUUAGUUUCCCCCACUGUGAUAUUUGGUUUCCCAGUUGCUAUCAGUAACCAGUGUUUGGAAAUAUUUAGCCGUCACUGCCAAUACCCUCUAUUGACAUCAUUCUGUUGACUCCAGAGGAGUCGCUGCUUACUAAGAGGACCUGAAACAAACCGCUCCAACUGCCCGAAGGAGUGUUUGGCCCGUGGACCCUCUUGCUGGCUUCCUUCCCUGACAUAGUGGCCUUGUCCUGUGGAGGAGGCAUCACAGCCCUUUUACACCAGAUCUCUUUGCUCAGUAUCUCUUCGGCUCUUUUGAGUAGCUCUGAACCUGGGGUAGUAGGCAAGCUUACAUGGUGGCUGGGGAUGAUGGGAGUUGUAGUUCAACAACAGCCCAGAGCUUGCCUACCCCUUUUUUAACUGAUGGAGUUGCAUCCUCAUGUUUUAUUCCCACAGUUGGUGAUGGUGGUUGGACUGUGGACAGCUCUCAUGUGGAUCCUAUGCGCCUCCUCUUCCUCCUCCUAUGGAUCUAUGUGCAAUUUUUGGAUGUAUUAUAUGAAAAGCUGUGUUAGUGUUUACGUUGCAUAACUGACUUAACCAUAUGCGAGUUCUGCCCACUUUCCUUUCAUGGCACAUAGAUGCACAAAGUUACGUGUGCUGUUUCGCUGAAUGGUGUUUCUUGCCUUUUUAUUGUUAAGCUGUGACUAAUCUGUUUACUUCAGCCUUGGAGACAAAUAGCCACUCUGAACAUUUGAACCAGAAAUGCAAACCAGUCCUGCAGGUCAGAAGUCAGCAAAGGACCCUUGGAGCAGGGGGCCGAUUUCUCACUGAUCCCACCUCACUGUGGUUCGGGGGAACCUUCAGCCACUGUGUAAGUGGUACGCAGGAUAUGUAUUGGCAGGGGCGUAGCUAUAAUUGAACAAGGAGGGACAGAUGCCAUCUGAGUGACAGCUCCCUCUUCGCACUCUCCUCUCUGAAAAAGAAGGCAGGGAUGUUGGGCAGGAGUUAGGGGCCCGUCUCCACCUUUUUGCCCCUGAGCCUCCUCCAACCUUGCCGCACCUCUGUGUGGUGGCCUCUCCGCAUGUUUCCUCUUCCUUUUUCAGUGUCCCUUGGUUUUCGGAGAAGGAUCAGAAAAGGAUAUUGUGAAUGUGUGGUUUCCAGCAGAAUGGCAGAGUUGCUUGCGUGUGGGCAGCUGUACUGGCACACAGAGUCGCGAAUGUGAGGGACGGUCAGGGUCUACAUAGCCCCCCUGAAAAGAGGCAUUGGAUAGCAGUGCUCUGGAUCCUUGACAGAGACUUGCACAAGCAUGAUGUGCAGCCCAGCUUCAUUCAGGUUCUGCCAGCCAGCCACCUGCCCUUGACACUGGGUAGAGGGCCCUGCUGCUUCUACUUCUGUGUAUGCUUUGAAUGGAUAUCUACGUGCACUUAGAUUCUCUUUUAACCAGCAUGCUCCACUAGCAGCAUAUGGAUGGACUACUGACUGCUACGGCAGGCACAUUCCUUUAAGCCAUCUGGCAGAUUUCUGUGUAUAAAGUCACGUGCUGCUUUGUGUCACUUUCAUGUUGACAUGCAAAGUAGACGAUUGAAUGUUUUGCAACCAUGUGUAUCUUUUGCAGCAGAUCCCAGAACUUUGUAGAUGGCCUCUUAUCUCUCCGGUUUCAUAUUUGUAUUUUGAUAGCAAUUUGAACCGAUGUUAGCAUGGCUAUACUCUCACUACAUAGAACUGGGCAGUCUUUGGUUAUGAAGGAUGGCAAUGCAAUUGGCGUGCGUGCGUGCGUGCGUGUGUGUGUGUGUGUGUGUGUGUGUGUGAUGGCCAAAGCUUCCAUUUUAGACAAAUCUCUUGACAUUGUUGGGGGCCUUCAGUGUUAAUUGAGAUACCAGAGCAAGAAACUUGGGAAAAGAUUAUGUUAUCCCAUAAUUUGUAAAUAAAACACAAAUCCUUGUGGCCCUCAUAAUUGGCAGCCGCAAACAAUACGAAUGGAAGUACCCAAACACACAUCCACAAGGUUUGCAUUUUAAAUAAUUCAGCAUUUUUAUUUGAGCUCACUACAGUCCAAAGGACUGUGAUUCUCAAAUAGCCAUACUGAUUGUAAAUAUAUAUUUUUCUAUAUAUAUAAAUAUAUAUAUAUUUACUGAUUGUAAAUAUAUAUUUUCCAGAAAACUGCCAUUAGAUUUAUUUUAGCACAGAACCUAUACGUUUCUGAACUGCAAACAAAAAGCUCUGGGAAAUUCAGUUGUGUUAAAAGAAUUUGAAUGUGUCCUUCUUGGAGCUUUUGGGGUCAUAAAUCUUUUUCUGGGGAGACAAUCUGGGUCAAUGAAAAAUGGCACGAAUGGUGCCUUUUCAUGCAGCUGAAGCUGUUGUGGGAAGAUUCCUCAGUGGGAAUCACUUUCUGCUGGCUGGCAGCUUGCUCAAUAUUGCCCACAUUUAAAAAAAAAUGCCACUAAUAAUAAUAAUCUUUAUUUGUUAGCCACCCCAUAACUAAUUGUUCUCUGGGUGGCUCAUAACACAGCACGAAAACAUCAAAAACGCAUAAUGCAUGAAAUCACAAUACACCAUAAAUAAAUAAAUUCAAAUAAUGCAAUACAAAACAAUUUUAAAACUUUUAAAAUGUCAGUUUUGAAAAUCACAUUUGGAAAUCAAAAUGUAAAAGGCCUGAGUGAACCAAAAAGUCUUUCCCUGGCGUCUAAAGAACAAAGUGAUGAAGCUGAGAAAAGUAUGCAUUUCCCAUGUAGAUAGAACAAUAUGUCGCGGCUUUGAUCCAUGGGCACUCUUGAUAUUAUUGGAUAGUCAAAAUAAAAACCAAAUGGUAGGAAAACAUCUGCUAGAUUCAAAAUCUGCAACUUUGAUAGCAUAAGAAGCAGGAAAUGAAGUAAGUACUAUCUUGUCAGUGUAGAAUUUGAAAGGCCCAUUGCUCUGAAAAUCUUUUUCAGACUCCACUGAUGGACAAGACAAAUUCUACAUAAGGACCUCAUGCAAGCAGUGUUAGCCCAAACUGUGCACUGAUAUAAAACCUAGAAUACAUAGCAAGCCAGAACGUUAAGGAAAUGGGCAAUCUUCAUGGCCCAGCUGUGAAGUCAGUUUUACAAAUAGUAACCAGCUUAUUCAGUAUUCUCCCUGUUUGUUCUUCACAGUGGUAGUACUACCCCAAAUUCACUUCUUGAAUUUUGAAACUCGUUUCUUGAAUGUUGGUUGUGGAGAAACGAGAUGCUUAUCAUCGAGCAAAAUCAGGAGCAAAAUAGUUAAGUCGUUCAAGCUUGCUUCGAACUCCAGCUCUCGUUUUGCAAACCUGGGGGUAAUGGUGGGAGUUUGUAAGACAGCAAUAUCUGGAGACUCAAGUUUGAGAACCCCUGUUAAUGCAUUAAAGCUUCUUUGUUCUCAGAUAACAGCUGGUCACCUAUCCAAUGCAGUUGAGGUGAAUUUUGCCUUUGGGACAGAGCUCAUUUAAAACACAAUUGAAUUCUUCACCCCUUAUGUUGAUAAAGACUUAAACAUGCUGUUUCUCACAGGGUAGUAAAUGGCAAUUAUAUCCUGCCUCUGACUUUAUUAGUUGUAAAGUGAUCUGAGGCUGAUGGUGCUGCUUCUGCGAAGAUUACUGAAAUCCUGGACCAUCCAAAGUAGGAAUCGAGCAGUGACCCAGCUAGGAGAGGUCAUUUAGUAAAAUGGAUAACUCCAAGCGGGGUACUGAUAUAACCCUGAUCCAGAAAGACACUUAUAAAAUACUCACUUUAGAUAUAGGUCAUUUCCCAACAUCUCAUCAUGACCAAGAAACAACCCAGGAUCGGGUUAGGCCGGUUGACCCUCAAUAGACCUAUGAAGCUGCCUGCAGCUCAGACCACUGGCUCCAGCUAGCUCAGCACUCUCUACACUGACUGGGCAGUGACUCUAUGGCGGUUUCAGACAGAGGUCAUUCCCAGCCCUACCUGGAGACGUCGGAAAUCAAAACGGGCGCCUUCUGAGUGUAGGGAGCCAUGGCUUCCUCCCCAGGAUUCCUUGGCAUCCUGCAAUCCUCUAAUCCGAUCUGCUGAGUUUCCAGAGCCAUUCUCAGAACUACAGAUCCCUUAGCUGGGGUCAUCAGAGAGGUGGACUCUGUUUUGCCACCCCCUUCCAGUUUAGCCAUCCCCUCGUCCACGAGUACACCGCCUUCCUUUCUCCCAUAUAAACAAAUGGUUCUCAUUUACUUCCAUGGGCGGACGUCACGUACUGUAUUGGGGUACAGUGUGGCAGUGGAGGCCAAACUGGCCCAACUCUCCAUAAUAGGGAGCCUGUGGGCAGAGGCGCUCUUACCCCUGGACUUGGGGCCGAAGUCCAGGGCCUCCAAAUCCUUUUUGUCUGUUCCAGGUGGUGUGGCUAAAAAUGUGUUUAAAAUACUCUCUGUAUAGGGGGUGGGGGACUUCUAAAGGCCUUUAGAUCCAGGCUCCAAAAUUACCUAGGUGCACUCCUGCCUGUGGGUGGAGGGCAUGGCACCCCCACAGGAGUCCUUGCAGCGUAGGAGCACUCGCUCAGCUACAUACCCUGCCCGUCAUGACGAGAAGCAUUUUGCUGAUUAUUAUGUACAACAUCAAAAUAACAUCACCAGAGAAACGUUGCCGAAUAUUUACUAUGUGAUUAUUACUGCAGCUGUGUGCCAGGGAAUGCUGCCUCUACUCCGCUGUCUUUAGAGUAUCCUAACUGAAUAUCUGUUUAGAGGAUUGUUUAAAUCGUUUUUUAACCCACAAUGCAAAGUGAGUGGAGGCGCAGGGGGCAGCCAAGUUCUUAGGGGUGCUUCUAAGCCCACUGAUGUCAGCUGUUUUGCGUAUGCCCAGCUGCACAGAACUGCAGCCCUUCUGCUUUGGAGACUCACUGAACAUUCGUAAAACACCCACGGAAACUUGCCCCAGAAAGUGUGUGCUGCGCGGUCCAACUUGUGGUUGGAAGGCCCUUGGCUCUGAGGCAAACAAUUUAGUCCAGAAGUGAGGGCAAACAGAUGGCAGCUCGAUCAAACUGCCAGCUCGCCUGUACCUGAGCUUUUCCCUUUCCCUCGUUGAUAUUGGCUUCCAACUCCUUGAUCAUCCUCCUAAUCCAGAGCAGAAGUUUUAAAAAGAUUGAAAUAUUUUAAUAGGGAAGAAAUGUCUGUACGCUCCUAUUUUUAUACACGUGUUUCCCUGAGCUGCAAAACAUAAACCACGUGCCCCUUCCCUUUUUAUGCUCUGUAUGUAUAUUAUAUACAGCUUAUAUAAUAUAUAUACUAUUUGUUUGAAUUUUAAAAAUUCAUAAAGCAGAUGUAAUCUCUUUCUGAAAUGCCAUUUCAAAUACACAAUUCUUUAACACAAACUUUGUCAGGCUUAGAAAGUUUUAUAGCUGUCGCCCUGGGGGAUUUUUCUUUCAGAUUUUAAUUAUGCUGAGUGUUUUAAGUGUGAGGAAAGGAUCCCUGUGUUUUUAAGAGGGCAAACCUUUUUUAAAGUUGCAAGUCCCUACACAGAUGCCAUUUUAUUUGGUAUUGCUUUUCAAAUGCCUGAAGGUGGGAAUUAAUCGUUUUCUUUGUGAGACUCCAUUCUCCUGGGUAAGCUUUGUAUUUGGAGUUCAUUGCAUUGCUAGAUCUGGUGCUUCAUAUCUAUAUUUACACAUUUUUAUAGAUAUAACUCCUAGCCUUCCUUGGUGAUCCGAGGGCGAUUACACUCUGGUUUGCUGUGGUACUUUGCUGUGUAUUCUGUGGCAUACAUGUUACUGUGUAAAUAAAGUAGUUUUAUUACACUGAAAA